AUGGGCUACAUGGGUCUCGGUGGCUAUAUCCCUAAACCACUCUCCGCAAGGCUCGCCGAGGGCGAGCUCCUACUGGCCAAGGACAUCAAUACCCAGUUCAUCAACGACGAGGGACAGCCGCUGGAGAAGAACCAAAUACCGUGGCAGACGGCGCCUGAAGCUAUCGGCUACUCUUACCCCUGCACCCCCACCCCCAUGCUGAGCCUUGCCCAAGGGAAGGGCUUCCAUGCCUCAAGUGAGCGAUGUGUAUGGAAAAUGGGGGCUACUGAUUACGAUUCGCAAAUCAAGCAGCUUGUUGAGGCGGCCGGCUACGACGAAGCCAUAAGCAUAUUAGAUAUGCUCGAGGAUGCACUUUUGAGGAACAAAGCUGAGUCGCUCCGCGAAACGAAGAUGCUCAAGGCGGAGAAGCUCUUUAGGCAGAAACAAUAUCGAAAGUCGUUGGACCUCUUUAAUGAUGAGGACGUGCAUGCUCCGCCUGAGCGUGUCCUACGACUGUUCCCCCUUAAUUGCGGGCGGGCUUUCCGCGUAUAA